AUUAAAAGCCUGUUUUUCAAGUGGACGGGUGAGGAGUUGGUCCCAGCGAAUUCAUUUUUUUAAAAUGUGGCACCAUCCAUGCCUUCAAUUAGUCCUGGCAAACAGCAACUCAGCAAAUAAAGAUUUGACCAAAAAGACAAAAAAACCGCAAUAUAGAUGAAAAUUGGCAAAUUGUACAAACAACGCUAACUAUAAUUUGUUGCAGUUCCUUUUUCUUUUCCAAGUAAAAUUCUGUUUUUCUUUACUUGGCCAAAAAAAAAGUACAAUUUUUUUGGAUAUUCAAAGAAAAAGAAAAAAGAAGUAAAUUAUUUUCUUCAAUUCCCCAAUCAUAAGGCUCUAACUGGGGAAAUUAUAUGGUUGUUCCCAGAGUCACAGUUUCAUUGUCUCUGAUCCCAGCCCAGGCCAGACACACUCGAACGAACGAGGACCACUGCAACUGUUUGCUGCUCUCCAUCGGCCACCAGUGUCAUCUUAGGGGCACUACGACCACUGUUUAGUGUAUGUUUCAUUGCAUUCCAUUGGUUUCUUCUUUUCUUUCAUGGAAUUCAUAGGGACAAUCCAUCAAAAAUGAAAUUUUGAUUCUAACCCAUAAUUCAAAAAAUGAUUUUUGUGAUUGUGAAUAUCAAUCUAUGUAAGCUACAGAGUGCUAGGGAGGGAAAGAAAGGGAGACAGAGAGAUUUGAGAUGAGUAAGCACCCUGCUCAUCAUGAACACCUUCUCUCCCUCCACGGAACCCCAACUCUUGUGGAUGGGCAGGAAGUCUUAUGCAAUGAUUGUAGGAGUCCUUGCUCUGGCUGUACUUAUAACUGUGUGUCCUGUCAACCUCCGUUUAGAUUAUGCUGUUAGGCAAUGCACUUUUAAGCGUGAAACUCAUAAACACCCUCUCACGUUUCUUGGAUCAUCUCCAAAUUGUUCCAACAAUUUUAGAUGCAAGGUGUGUGGUGAAAUUGGUUAUGGGUUUUGUUUGCUUUGUGUGAGCUGCCAAUAUGUGUAGUUUAUUGCCAGUGACUAUAAGUAGUAAACUUCAUGUGUACGAGUUUACGCUUACCCAAACCAACUCCAUUGAUGCAAAUUCUGAUGAAGCCUGCUGUGAUUUUUGUGAGGAGGAAGCGAAUCUGGGAGGAUCGGUUUAUUAUUGUGAGAGUUGCAAGUAUAGUGGCCAUUUGGGUUGUGUGAUGUCUGCCCCGAAUCCACCUGUCAAGUUCUCUUAUAAGGAUGCUAAUUAUUCAUCCACGGACUCUUUAGAUAGACAAGAAGUGAAUCAAAGAAUAUGAACUCGAAUUUUGGGAUUCAAUUUGGUAGAAGCAAUGAUGAUGCACUGCUUCAAUUGAAGCAUUGUAAAGUAGAAUUUGGUUCUACUGGUUGUACUAUUUCUGUUUCACACACACAAAAUGAAAAUUCAAUUGAUAAUUGCAAGUUUCUUCAUUCGGGGAAGAGACUUGAACACUUCAGCCACCAGCAUCCCUUGAUUCUCAAUGAUGAAUAUGGAGAUGAAGUAAAUUGUUUUGGGUGCUCACGACAAAUAUCUAGCCUGGCCUAGAGCUGCAACCAAUGCAACUACUUUCUCCAAGAAUGGUGUGCCAUGUUACAACGCAUUAUUAAGCAUCCACUUAAUUGCUAUGGAUGUGAGGCCGGCAAAGAGCCUUGAGGUAACUUCACCUACAGCUGUCAUUUCUGCAAUUUCAGCCUACAUGAGUGUGCUUCAACUCCAAGCACCAUUAUAAGUGAAGUCCAUCAGCUUCUUCUCACACUUCGUCCCAGAGGAGCAAAUUUCACUGGUUGUAUGGCAUGUGGUGAGGACUAUAUUGUUGCCACCUUCCAGUGUGAUGAAUGCAGUAAUGGUUGACUUCCCAUGUGCUUUGUUACCGUAUAGGGUUGGGCAUAAAUGCCAUGUACAUCUCUUCACCCUCAAGUACUCUAAUGUUGAAGAUAAUUCAGAUGAGUUGUACUAUGGUUUCUAUGAAGAAAGAAGAGAUCCAAACCUCUGGAUCUACCGUUGUGAAGAAGCUGAUUACCCUGCCCAAACCAAAUGCUUGACUGCUGAGCUAUUUGAGUAUGUUCGAUCAAGCAGUCUCAUUUAACAUGACCAUCACAAGCACAUUUAAUCUCAUCAUGAAUUGCCCUGACACACCCUAGCGAAAUGCACAAGGUGAACUAAUUCCUAUAAUCAGUUUCUGAAUCACCACCUUCCUCACUGGCAAUAUUUGGACUGUGGAGCAGUUAAUGGGUAUCCCAAUGGAAUAUUGGAAAAGUUCUACUUGAUGGGCUGGAAGCCCUUUCAGAGUCAACUGGUCCUGAUGGAAUACACAUCCUCAUUGCAGUGAAAUUACAUAGAGAAACAAAAGAAAAAUUUUCUGGUCCUUAGUUGUAAACUCACCCAUUUCAUUAAUACAACAUGCUGAAGGAGAAAGGUAUAAAUAUUAUGUGACAACGACUUCCCCAGCUGCUUCCUUUCACUUGCUCAGAAUGCCGGUACUCUUGACCUUUUCCGGAUAUUAUAACUUAUAUGGUUUACUUUCAGACUUGAAUUAUAUUAUGGAGGCGUGUUAUGGUUUAGAAAAUUAAAUAUCAUAUUGUAUUUUUAUUUUUUUAAUAUUCAGUUAAAUCCCAAAGUUUGAAUUUUGAAUAUUAAAAAAAAAAAAAAAAUCCUGGUGGAAUAUAUCAAGUUAGACGGUAAAACACAUUAUUUAAAUUAGCAUUUCGUUUAAUUUUAUAUUCUACAAUGCGACAAAUCAAAAUCCUGUCAACUUGAUAUCUGAAAUUCUAAAAUAAUCAAAUUCUGCUCUGUUGAUUAAAUAGCUAAACAAAAUUCAGAUGUUUAUAAACAAAAAAAAUUCUCAACUGGAUAUUGCCAAAAUAAUUGGAAGAAUUUAUAGUAGCCUGGAUUAUAUAUCAACUAUAAGGACAAGCAAAGACCAUGAUGGUGAAUAUAUAAAUAUAUUUAUUUAUAGACUUCUUGCUAAUCCAUAGUGUUUCUUGUCUUAUGAAUCAAAUUCCGGGUAAAUACAGAAAAAGAAGGAACCAGGAAGUUUAUUUAGUCUGAUUUUAAGAAGACAAUCACCUUCAAAAUUUUCUUCCUCCAACUUUGAAACUUCACCUCCUUCCUUCCUUUUAAGUCCUUGAGCUUACCUUGGCCAUCCAUAUCCAAUCAAUGCCGCUAAAACAAAGCUUGCUAAUAGCCCUCUGGCUCUGCUUUGCUGCUUUUGCUCAAGUGGGAUGCUUGAAUUUUAGUUAUCCAACAUUUCAAAGAGAGGAUGAAGAGAGUCUCCUUCUUUAUAACUCAUAUGUAGUCUUUGGUGCCAUCCAAGUUACACCUGAUGUCUCUAGCGGUCCCUUGAUCACAGAUAUGUCGGGAAGGGCUUUGUCCAGAAAGCCAUUCAAGUUGUGGAGAAAAGGCAAAGGCAAUAGUCGCAUUAUAGCAUCUUUCAAUUCCACCUUUGUCAUUAAUAUCACUCCCAAAACAGUUCCGGGAGGAGAAGGGUUGGCAUUUAUCUUAACCGGGAAUACCAUUCGUCCUGAGAACAGUGAAGGAAAAUGGCUUGGGAUUGUAAACGCAAAUACAAAUGGAUCCUCUCAAGCCAAAAUAGUGGCAAUAGAAUUCGACACAAGGAAGAGUUAUGAGGAAGACAUUGAUGACAACCAUGUGGGUUUGGAUGUACAUAGCAUCUACUCGAAGAAACAGGUGCCUCUUAUUGACUAUGGUGUCAAUCUUUCCACAGGAAGUAAUAUAACAGUAAAAGUUGAGUAUGAUGGAAAGAAUAUCAGUGUCUUUGUUACUCUGACCAAUGAAACAGCAGGGGAAAUGAAGAAUCCUGUUUUAACCAUGCCUCUCGAUCUCUCUGAUCUUCUUCCAGAGAAGACUUAUGUGGGGUUCUCAGCUUCUACAGGCAUCCAUACCCAGCUAAACUGCAUACUAUCGUGGGACUUCCACAGCACAAAUAUAAGUGAAAAUCCAAACCUGUUGUGGGUUUGGAUUACAGUCCCAGGGAUAGUAGCUUUGUUAGGCGGAGGGGCUGCCUUUUAUAUGUAUUGGAUAAGAAAACGUGAUAGAGAGAAUCUAGAGGAUGCAUAUCCAGGGAUUGAAGAAGAGAUUCAAGGUUACUCCAUGGGCCCUAAGAAGUUUAGACUAAAAGAACUCAGAAGAGCAACAGGAAAAUUUGACUUGAAGAACAUGCUAGGAAAUGGUGGUUUUGGGACUGUCUAUAAAGGAGUCUUGGGAAAUCAGGAUGUAGCAGUCAAGAGAAUCUCAAAGAAUUCAAGGCAAGGCAAGCAAGAAUUCAUAUCAGAAGUCACCACAAUUGGCAGUCUCAGACACAAAAAUCUGGUGAAAUUGAUAGGGUGGUGCUAUGAAAGACAUGAGCUCAUUAUUGUUUACGAGUACAUGCCGAAUAGAAGCCUGGACAAGUACAUAUUUAGUGAUGAUCAGAAGCUUGGCAUGAACGUAGCAGAAUCAAUGGUACUGAGCUGGGAAAGAAGGCACAGAAUAAUAUAUGGAGUAGCUCAGGCACUAGAUUAUCUCCACAAUGGCUGCGAGAAGAGGGUGCUUCACCGAGACAUAAAAUCCAGCAAUAUAAUGUUAGACUCUGAGUUCAAUGCUAAGCUAGGAGACUUCGGAUUGGCUCGUACCAUUCAACAAAGUGAGAAAACUCAUCACACAACAAAAGAAAUUGCAGGAACACCAGGUUAUAUGGCUCCAGAAUCAUUUCUUAUUGGUAGGGCAACUGUUGAAACAGAUGUUUAUGCAUUUGGCGUUCUCGUGCUGGUAGUUGUAUGUGGAAGAAAGCCUGGAUAUCAAAAUGAGAACAGUUACAACAAUAGCAUUGUGCUUUGGGUCUGGGACCUGUACAACAAGGGAAGGAUCCUCAGUGCUGUUGAUUCCAGACUGGAAGAUUUUGAUAGGGAUGAAAUAAUUCGGGUGCUUAUACUAGGUUUAGCCUGCUGCCAUCCAAACCCACAUCAGAGGCCCUCAAUGAAAACUGUUUCGAAAGUUCUUACAGGGGAAGCUGAUCCUCCGCUGGUUUCCACUGAAAUUCCUUCUUUUGUUUGGCCACCCAUGCCUUCAUUCUCAGAUUACACAGAAACUGGUCAACCAGGAGGCCAAAUUACCCCAUUUACAGAACUUACUGGAAGAUAACACCAUCUAAAGGCAAGAACUGUACCGUGUGCUGUCAUCCUAUAAUUCCUGCUUCUAUAUAACUAUGUACAUGUUGCUUUUAACACCAUGUUGGUAGGAUGGUAAUUCUGUAUGCAUAUAAUAUAUUUAGAGCUUUGGCUGUUAAAUUUUAUAAAGUUGCUUCACUCUAUGUUCAAUACUACAAUAGAAGUUGGUAUUCCUAUGGUUGUAUUUGCGUUAAGCGCAUGUAUAUAUAUAAUAAGCAAAUGCAAUAUGCAAGCCCGCAUGUGUUUGG